AUGGAGAAGGAUCAGAGUGAGAUCAAAGCAUCCACUGGGCUGGGAAACGAUUCAUCAUCAGAAGAGAAGACGCUUAAGAGGAAAAGAGAAGAAGAAGAGCCCAUUUCAGACCUCAGGGAGGCUGAAAUUGUUUUCCCUUUUGCGAAAACCUUGAGCGAGUGGAAAGAGUAUGAAGAGAAAUGGGCCAUACCACAACGUCCUCACUUUGCUCCACUGAUCCAUUUCCAUGGUGUUCUUCGCGAGAAGUGUGCCUUAGUUCUUAUGAAAGCUUUUGAGGACAUGGUAGCGGCAUUAAUGGAGGACGUUCCCAGAAGCAGUGUCUUCCUCUAUCAAUACCAAGAGGCACUCCUCCAGCUAGAGGACAACGGAUUCAAUGCUAAACUUGGUUUAGCACGGAUCGAUGAGUUGCUAUCUCUGAAUCACGAGCCACCAAAUCCACCGGAGGAACAAAAAGGAGAGCCAACCAAAUCUACAGGAGGAACAAGAAGGAGAGCAACCAAAUCUUUUGGAGGAACAAAGGAACACAUGACUCGCGCGAGGUGCAAAAGCAAUGGCAAGUGUCCACUUUGA